AUUGAAAAGGAAUGUACGUAAAACGCUUCAGCUCUUUGCAUUCAUAAAUUUAAAAUUGACGGUUACUCUAAGUACCCCAUAUUUCUACAAUGAAAUAAUCAAUAUGAAUAAUCAGCUUAAGGUUGCGUCUACUAUAUUACAGGGUUAUACAGGUAGCUAUAUUAUCUCCUACUGUUUUCUGAUGGUUCUAGUUUUGGACUAGUUUUAGCGAGUCACAACCAUCCAAAAUCUUAUUCUGUAACGCAGUUAAAGAAGUGAUAUUCGAAAUAAAGGAUUAAGUUAUAGAGUAGGAAUGCUUCUGCUACAGAUUUACUUCCUCUUCCUGACUGUGUCAGUCUUUAUGACUGGUUCACACGAAGGCACAAAGAUCAGUGGAAUGGGCGAUUGCUAUACUGAAGAAUUAUCUGUUAUAUGUGAACACAGUCUACCAUAUGUUCUUCCUGAUAAUAUGUCGAGAGUGAUUGUUAAAGACUUUUUGCAUGCCAUGAUAAAGAAUGAAACAUUUACGGAUAUUACCUGGAUGUCAGUAGAUUUUUUGGAUAUAACAGUAAAUCACUAUGUGGAUUUACAUCUAUAUGACAACAACUUUUUUUCUCUCACUACUUUAAAGACACUCGGAAUACAUUCCCCUGUUUUAAAGAUAAAUGCGCAAAAUCCGAGUAAUAUUCUGUACGGAUUGACAAAGCUGCAGUCAUUAAAUUUAUCGUCAUGUUAUGAUCUCAGUGCGGGAUCUCUUUUGACAAUGCUGGAGUCACAUAGCCGCUUAGACGCAUUAAUUCUUGACCAGAUUGCCACUAGUGCUCGUAAUUUUUUAUUUUUAGUUAUAGAUAAUGCAUGUAGUAAAAUGAUUAGUAAAAUGGAAAUAAGGAAGUUAAGUUUAAGUGGAUGUAACUUAAUAGUCAAGGGUCCAUUCCAGAUAGAACAUCUUUCAUACUAUUUACAUGAUUUUGAUAUUUCGAAUACCACGUUUGUAGUCAGCAGUGGUUAUUCAGAGCUUAAGGUACUAUUGGAAAAUAUACUGUACCAUGUGAAAAUUUUGGAUGCAUCCCUUAUUCAACCUAGAUUCAUAAAACUAGAUCAUGGUUUGCUAUCUAACAAAACAGUUAAUCUAAAUUGUAAUGAAACUACCGAUUUCUUACUACGCACACUGUUUUGUAAAGAAGUUGAAAAUUUGAAACUAAAUGGAAUAUUUUCUAGAAGCAUGGAGAUAACAAAUUCUUUUCUCAACUUUUCAUCGUGUAAUAUUGAUUUAGAAUCAGUAGAAUUAAGAUCUAAUAAACUUCAUAUUUUCAAUGCAACUUUACUGUGGCCAAGCAAAAUGCACUUACAUGAACUUGAUUUAUCUUUAAACGAUCUGGAAUACUUAUCCCCUUUUGCCUUUGGAUCAAUCUUGUCGUUAAAAAGAUUCCACCUUGCUCACAAUAAACUGUAUCUGAUGGCCUCCUUUGCAGAAUUUCGGUAUCUGUUCUUUACUUUCAAACAUUUAUUACACCUGGAUCUUUCACAUAAUCAGUUAAGCUGGUUACCUUCUACAAUAUUUUCUAAUAAUAUCAACUUGACAGAAAUAGAUUUAUCCCAUAAUAAGUUAGCUUCAAUAACUUUUGAAAUACGACAUUUAAUCAACUUACGUUUUCUCAACAUGGAAAACAAUAAGAUACACUAUAUUGAUGGUCCCGACUUGCGCAGUCUCGUUUCUCUGACACAAAAUAUGCCAAAACCUGUCGAAAUCAGUUUUUCUCAUAAUCCAUUGAUUUGCAAUUGCCAGUCGGAACCGUUUGUUACAUGGUUAUCUUCGUACUUCGAAACAAACAAAAGACGAAAGUAUACAUGUACCUUAGAUGGCAAUGAUGUUGUAGUUGAUGAUAAAGCAGUUGACGAAUCAAGGUUUCUGUGCAUACGUUCAAGAGUAGUUGCAGUUUUAGUUUCAACGGGUAUAGCAUUUUUCUGCAUCAUCUCUCUAGCUAUUACGUUCAUCGUAUACAAGAAACGAAAACGAGAAACAGUACGAAAAAGGGCGAAUUUUCUAGAAGAUUUUAAAAACGGGUUACUGGAACAGAAGUUUUUAUGCUUUUUAUCGUUUUCCAGUGAAGACGAAAGACAUGACAUCGAUCUAAUUUAUGAAAACCUAAGAGAAUCGUUGAAAGCAUUGACGGGAAUAGAGCAAGAAGUAGUAUGUUUUGGUGAUAAACAUAUUAAUCCAGGAUUUCCAAUCGUUGAUGAAAUAUUGCGAUGUGUAUCAGAGAGUUGUGUCGCAAUUUUUGUGGUUUCAAACAGUUUCUGUGAAAGCCACUGGUGUCAGAUGGAAAUUCGUGAAUCCUACGAACUUAAGAAACCCAUUAUUCUUAUUUGCAAAGAGCAUAUUGACUUAACAAUAAUGCCACCUUUGAUGUUGAAAAUAUUUAGACAGUUUACACGAGCCAAAUUCGUUACUAAUGAAAAUGGUCAAAUGGAACUCGUACCAGAUUUCGGUCAUUUUUCAAGUUCUGUUCUUAAACUUGCAGCCUUGCGGUACGAAGAAGGUAUUAACUAGUUCCAUUCUUCAUAAAAACAGCGUGUUAAUAAAUAAAAGGAUCAAUUAGUUUAGUUUCUUUGGAAGGCAAUGAUUAAUGUUAUUAUUGUGAUAUGUGACUAAUCGUGUUGAACUGAAACGAGAAAUUGAUCGUAGAUUUACACAUCAGUUUUUGGAUACAGAAAAGCAAUUUUUAUGACAUAUAAUGUUCUAAAUAUGGUGGUUUGGUUGCAGGAUAAAUGACAUAUUAGGUUACUGUCUUUCUUGGGUAGAUAAAGCUUCCUCCAACUUGCUGCAUAAACUUCAAGUUCAAAAAGACAGUUCCCUAAUCUUCUCUAUUCCUUUCUCUUCAUGUGCGCGUAUUGUCUUCAUUAUUUGACAUCAUAGCGAUAUAUAAUUUACAAUGUCUUUGAAAAAAAGCGAAAAUCUUCAACAAACAAUAAAUAAGAUAUCGAUAAACUUCUUUUCCUUUCGUUCAGUAAGAUUAUGCUUGAAUGUGCCGAUUGAAAUAACGGUUCGGCGGUAAUGAGGUUUUGCCUAGUUGCUCAUGAACACGAUGCUUUCAUGAGUACCUUGAACUAGUGACAGAUUCUCUUUAUCGUAUUCCGUAUUCUUCAAUUCACAGAAGAACUAAUUUAAAAAUAAAACGAAUUAUUUUCUUUUAAGCACUGUUUUAUUAUAAUAGCGUAUUAUAGAAAUAUUAAAGAUACAGUAGUUAAAACAAAAUAUUUGUCUACUAAUACAUAUCCAUAUAUCAGGUCGAGUAAAUGUAACAGACCAAGAUGUACACAUUGUUUAACAAUUUGUGAAAGUGGCAGUUUUAGUAAUUCACAACAUUGUACUACAUCUGUACUUACAAACUGAAGCAUAAUGUAAACUGUAGAUCCAUUUCUAGUUUCGGAUGGUUUAACGUGUCUACACAGUGACAUUUUUACAGUUCCUGACAAUAUCAGUGAUCAUAAAGCGACUUGUGCAUUUUUCAAAGCCCCAUUUUCUUGUCAAAUGUCCAAUAAAAGGAAAGUAUGGUUAUACAGUAGAGCCGACUUUCAGUCCCGAAAUAACUAUAUUGCAAAUGCUGAUUGGUCGUUUCUUAUUUCUAUUAACGCUAAUGAUGGUGUACUUUUAUUUACUGAAAAACUAUUAGAUUAUAUGAAAAAGUCUAUACCAUACAAAGAAGUCACUAUCAGACCAUACGGCAAACCAUAGUAUGAUUGAACCAUAAGAUUGUAUUCUCGCAAACGUGAUAGACAAAAAUUCAUUGCAAUUUCUACCCAUAAUACAAACCAUUGGAAUACUUAUAAAAAUUAAGAAACAAAGUUAACAAUUUAAAAAACAUACCAGAGAAACAAUUUAUGCUAAUUUGGAGGACAGCCUUGUCGACUUGAAUACAAACAAUCUAAAACAAUAUUGGAAGCUUCUGCGUAGUUUUCUUAAAACUAAACUUUUUUCAGAAGUUAUCACCCCCCCCCCCCCCCUACCCACCCCAUUGAAAACUUGUAAUUCUGACGGCAAAGAAACGUACCACAUCUCUGACUCUAAAAAAUGGCUUGUAGAUUUUAAUCCGAAUAAAACAGAAGCAAUGUUUUUACUUUACAACAAAAUAUCAACAAACCAUAUUUGACAUUUGAUGACGUACCUGUUAGAUUUGUUGAACGACAUAAACACUUAGGUUUAACACUUCAAAUGGAAAAUGACACGACCACAUUGACCAAAUAACUACAUCAGCUUCAAAAUUGUUAGUUAUGAAAAAAAAAGUAUACUCUUAAUAGACUGACUCUUUAUCAAAUGUAUAUAUCUUUCUUAAGACCUGUUUUAGAAUAUGCUUCUGUAGUGUGGGACGUCUGUACUCAGUACGAAAAAGAAACACAAAAUCAACAUGAAGCAGCCCGUAUUGUAACUGGACUUACCCGGUCUGUCUCAAUUCAAAAUUUAUAUCAGGAAAUUAACUAGCCCUCUCUAUCUGACAGACGAUCAUAUCAAAAGCUUUUAAUCACAUUUAGAAUUCGCAACGGUGAUGCGCCCAAGUAUUUGAAUAAUAUUUUUCCAAACAUUGUCAUUAAUUCUACACAUUACAACUUAAGAAACGCUGAAAAUUUUAUAAUCCUCAGUCGAAGAACACAAAUAUUUUCUAAUUCCUUUGUGCCUUCUGCUAUUGAUAUUUGGAACAAUUUGAGUCCUGAAAUAAGAGCCAGAAACACCUUAUCAAGUUUUAAAAGAUUGUUAAAAAUACCGUUUUUCCAACUACAGAAACUCCAAAAUGGCAUCUUGUAGGAGAAAGAAAAUUUUCUAUAAUUCAUGCAAGGCUUAGAAACGCGUGAAGUAAUUUGAAUUUUCAUUUAUUUUGCAACCAUCUGUCUCAGGACUCAAUCUGUUCUUGUGGAGAAGAUAUUGAAGACGUUAAACAUUUUCUUUUCACUUGUACGAAAUAUACGAAUCAAAGGAUUAAACUUUUUCACGAUCUAAGGCAAUUUCAUCCUUUAAAUACCAAACUUCUUUUAGUUGGUAAUUCCGAAUUGUCAUAUGAAGACAACAGCAAAAUAUUCUGCUCAGUCCAACAUUACAUAAAAUCAACCAAACGCUUUUGAGACUCGCCAUAUUUAGCAGGCAAUAUUAUUCAAUUUAUUCUUAUAUAAUUAUAUAAGUUUAAUAUAUAAUUAUAUAAGUUUAUUAUUGAAAACCCCAGUUGUUUCUUUUUUAUGUCCUUUUUCCCCAAAUUGUAGUACAUGUUAAUGCAAUUGAAUUGCAUCUCAAUUUUUGUACUCUUAUAUCUUUUGUUUGUCUAUAUAAGUCACAUGUACCCGUUUCUCUUUUUUAAAAUUUUCCCCCCAAAUGUAGUACAUGUUAAUGCACAUUAAUUGCAUCAUUUUUACUCUUACAUCUAUCUAUACAUUGACCCUAGUCACAAAAGUGAUUGCUUUUAUAAGUACACAUGUACUUGUACCUUAUACUUAUCUCAACUCUUUUUUUUCUUUCCGGUUUGUAGCUAUAAUAUUGUAAAUUCAUUAUUUACCACACAUGUACCUGAUUAGUUGUCGUUGUUGUAAAUUAAAUAAGUAAAUAUUUGCAUUAGGGAAGACCCGUUACUAAUGUUGCGAGAACUUGUAGGUCGACCCUUUUGCCUAUUAUAUGUACAAUUGACGUAGAUAUCUGUUUAUAUAUGUAUAUAUUGGCAAUAUAAUAUGUUUAAACUAAUGUAAACUGUACUAGUAACAAUGUUAUUAUUUAUAAAAUAAUUUAUUUAUUUAUUAAUAAAAAAUGUAAUAUAUAGUAUAUUGGUGGAACCAGCCAGCAGCAAGCUUCUCGCCGUAUAAAUAGCAAAAGAUUUGACAUCAACGAUUUUAUUGAUCCAGAUUUUUCAACUGAUGUAGCUAUUCAUUUCAAUAGUACUGGCCAUAGUAGUUAUGAUUUUAGUUUUAUGUCUAUUGACUGUGUUAAUGAUAAAAUGGACCGGCUGCUGAAGAAAACUUUUUGGAAAAAGUCAUCUCCUCUAGAAGUUGAUACUUAUCGGCAAGUUAGUAUCCUCAGUGUGGUGUCUAAGAUCUUAGAACGCAAUGUCUACAAUCAGUUUUCUGAGUACUUCGGUCAACAUUCCUUAGUCUAUCAGUUUCAAUCAGGUUUCAGGUCAUCAUACUCGACGGAUACUUGUCUCAUUCAUUUGCAGGAUCAUAUUAAGGAAAACAAUGCAAAAGGACUGUACACUGGAAUGGUUAUGCUGGAUCUCCAAAAAGCUUUUGAUACUGUAGAUCAUGGGAUCCUAUGUGAUAAACUUAAACACAUGGGAGUUCAAUCUAUUGAAUGGUUUCGUUCGUAUCUUACUGAUAGGUCUCAGUUGGUCAACAUCAAUAAGGUUCAAUCAGCUCCAGCAAAGGUUACUUGUGGUGUGCCUCAGGGGUGUAUACUUGGCCCCCUGCUGUUUCUAUGCUAUGUCAACGAUAUGUCCACUUGGGCAAAACAGAAUGUAUGUUAUUUGACUCAGUUAAGAAACUUAAAAAGGUCAAUUCGUUCAAGGUAGUCUGCAAAGGUCGUGUUAUUCCAUCUCAAAAAAGUGUCAAAUAUCUGAGUGGUACCUGACCAGUCUUUCUCUCUGGUGAUUAAAUAGUUAGUUCAAUCUUGAACAAGGUCAAUGGUCGAGUGAAGUUCUUAUAUCGUCAUUGUAAAAAUUUCAGCAUUCAAACUAAGAAAACACUGGUUAAUGCUCUGAUUCAAUGUCAUUUCGACUAUUCAUGUUCAUCCUGGUAUUCUGGACUUUAAAAGGCAUUACAAUAUAGGUUGCAGGUUACUCAAAAUAAGGUCGUUCGGUUUAUUCUCAAUUUGCCACCAAGGUCAUCGGUGACUUGUGAUUCUCUUGAGAUGGUCAAUAUGUUAAGAGUUGAGGAUAGGGUCCGACAACUCCGUCUAAAUCAUGUUUUCAAUAUAUUCCAUGGCAAAUCCCAAGAAUAUCUCAAUCAAAACUUUCAGAGAGUAUCGUCUUUACAUACCAAAACAAGAUUCAGCCAACUAAAUUUUAUUAUUCCAAAAAAUCAUAGUUUUUUAGACAGUACAUUCUUUUUUAAUGCUAUACAUGACUCGAAUAAUCUGCCUGAUUCUAUAAAAAAGAUAAAAUCCAAAAACUGUUUCAAACAAGAAAUAAAGAAACAUUUGCAUAAAUGUGCGAGGCAGAGACAAAAUGUAUUUUAUAGUGUAAAUUUUUAGAGAUAUUUAUAUGUAUAGGUUUAUAGAUACAGUUUCAGUUUUAGUUUGUAGAUUCAUUAUUUAUUUAGAAUUUGUACUGAUUGCUUUUUUCCCAUUCAUCUUACGAGAAUAUAAAAGACGAUUUACUUACUAAUUAUAUAAUAACAAUUCAUUUUUAGCUUUUGUCUAUUUUUACAGGAUAUAUAAUUUUAACGACCCCAUUGGAAAUAAGUGAUUAAGUUUACUUUAAUGGGCCAUCCCAAGCUAUAAGAUCAAAUUUGCAUAUGUUUAGUUAUUAAUGUCAUAUUCUUAGAAUAAUUGUCUUUUAUAUUGAAUACGUAUAUGUUUAUGUGAUGUAAGAUAUUUUUAAUAUGAUAUUAUAUCUUAUGAUCUUAUUACCUGAAUAAAAUUCAGUUGAAAAAGAUGUUUACGUUUU